UACUGAAUAAGAUGGCAUUGGUUGCAGGAAUAUGUAGACGCCUAAAAGGAAGCUUUUGAUAAGGAUAUGACAAUAAAAUAUUGUAUCUGGUGAAAAAUAUAAAAGGUAUACUCAUCCUCUAAUAUUACCUCUAAGAAUCCAGUUCUUGCCUGUAAAAACAAAGGGUGAUGGAGCCAUAAGAAUAUUGGUUUAACGGAAAACUGAAAAUAUUUCUCUUUGGAAGGACAAAUAUACAUUACAUAAUUUUUGUCUGAUGGUUUUCGAAAUAAUUUUUAAUUAAUCUUAUUGUCCAUGUAUCAUUGUCUUAUAAUUUCCUGUAGAGGAAUUUUGAUGUGACUGAUUUAGAUCAGAGAACCGCAAUAUAGGCAACGAACGAAUGAAGAUCGAAUAUUGGCGAAUUAAACUUGAAGUGGGAGCUGGAUUGAACCGUUCAGCAUUUUUCUUGCCCCAGGAUAACUAUAUGCGGUGCAGCUGGAUACAUUCUGGAAGAGGUGUCAGCUUUGGAAAGUGCAUACCGGAGGGCGUUAUGAAAGAGCACAGAGUUGUUAUACGCUGUGUUUCAGACCGAGUGGAUAUUUAAGGGUCAUUUGGAGAUCAGAGAAGGCAGUGACGCUGGCGACCCUUGCAAUGAACACAAACGCUCCCUGUUCUUCCUAUCUGUGAGCAAACCAUAGCCCUCUGUGCUCUACAAUUACAGUUACAUUUAAAAGAGAACGAUUUAUAAUGAGAUAAGUAGCUUUAUUUGCCUUUGCUUCUCUGGGUGAGCACACCUGCAAAUAAGAACUUAAAAUGCAUUUGAUUUGACAUUUGCUAAUGCACACAGUGAAUACAUUGCCUUGGAUUUCAUCUGAACUCGAUAUUUCGUAGCUGGAUUUAAAAUAAUGUAUUACUGAAAGGAAGCGAAUCUGGAAAACCUCAUCAAAACGCCGCCACCGUCGAGGCUAUUCACAGCGCCGUAGUGGGGAAAAUACAGCAAUAACCACCGUGGGAAGCUUCAGUUAGGCGCACCACAUUUCCAUCAAACACAUCAGCCAAAAUGGGGGAGCAGCCAAUCUACAGCACCCGUGCCCAUGUCUUCCAGAUCGACCCCAACACCAAAAAGAACUGGGUCCCCACCAGCAAGCAUGCAGUGACCGUCUCCUAUUUUUAUGACAGCACAAGGAAUGUCUACCGAAUCAUUAGCCUGGAUGGCUCUAAGGCUAUAAUAAACAGCACCAUCACCCCCAACAUGACUUUCACCAAGACGUCACAGAAGUUCGGCCAGUGGGCAGACAGCCGGGCGAACACCGUGUAUGGGCUGGGAUUCUCCUCUGAGAAUCAUCUGCUGAAGUUUGCCGAGAAGUUCGCCGAGUUCAAGGAGGCGGCACGAUUAGCCAAGGAGAAGUCCCAGGAGAAAAUGGAGCUGACCAGCACACCAUCUCAGGAGUCAGCCACAGGGGACGUACAGUCGCCCCUUACCCCAGAGAGCAUCAAUGGCACCGACGAUGAGAGGGCCACGCCGGAUGCUACCCCCAACUCAGAGCCCCGACCUGAGCCACCCCAGAAUGCAUUGCCCUUUUCACAUAGCGCUGCCAUCAACAAGCACUGGGAGGCGGAGCUCGCGGCUCUGAAGGGCAACAACGCCAAGCUGACGGCCGCGCUCCUGGAAUCCACAGCCAACGUCAAGCAGUGGAAGCAGCAGCUGGCAGCCUAUCAAGAGGAGGCUGAGCGGCUGCACAAGCGGGUCACAGAGCUGGAGUGUGUUAGUGGUCAAACCAAUGUGAUCAAGUCUCAUAAAACUGAGCUCAACCAAACAAUAGAGGAGCUGGAGUCUACACUGAAGGCUAAGGAAAAGGAACUUGAAAAGUUGAAAGAGGAGGUGGAAAAUGCGAACCAGCUACAAGCUCAAAGAGACUCCCUCACUGAGAAACUGCAGGAGACAGAGACGCGGAACAAGGACCUGGAGAGCCAACUCACCGAGCUGGAGAAGCGCUUGGAGAGCAGCCAGCUGGAGCAGGAGACCUUCCGGAGGAACCUCAAGAGCCUGCUGGAGAUCCUGGAUGGGAAGAUCUUCGAGCUGACAGAGCUGCGGGACAACUUGGCUAAGCUCAUCGAAGGCAGCUAAAGACCCCCAACGCCCCAGCUAGGAAAACGACAAGCCAACGUUGUGCAGAAACACUCGGUAAACAAACUCAAGGUACCCACCACUGAGUCCUGCCUACCAUCAUCUCUUUUCCACUAAUUCAGAAGGCAGUUACUUUUUAGACACUUGAUGAACUUUACCUAUUUUUUUUCUCGUGUUGGGUUGUAUUCCAUCUUGAGAAAUAUCCAAUAUAGUCUUCUUUCUUUGUAUCCUUCCAUUUCAAAAGGGGUGAUAUGAUGUGUGUAUCAGGUGUCACCUGAAUGUUGAGAAUUUAUGUAUUUGCAUAUUUAUGUAUUUAUUUAUAUAUUUAUUUACCUGGGUCUCUCUUAUCCUUCUAUUCAUUUCUGCAUUACCACUGACAUGAUCAAGCCAAGGUAGGGCAGAUGACAGAGGGGGCAAUGAGGACGUAGACUGUGCCGCCGUCCGUCUCACUCCCCCUCUCGAGGUUCCCCUGGGGUCCUGAGGCUGCAUCCUGUGUGACAAACUGGACAUGAGCUGUGAGAACGAGGGGAGGGGAUGGGAUGGAGGGAGGGUAGAGCAGGACGGCUGGAAGAGACUCCACAGGUGUCUGCCAGCGGUGUCUGUCCACGGGAGGACUUCCACGGCUGCACCUCCAGAGCCGCUCCCUGCCCUCCCAACACACACAUGUACACCUUACCCUCAAUAAAUCAGCCUUCCAGGCUUCGCUCUCGAGCACCGUGGUCUAACGCGCGACGUGAAAGGCCUGUAAUCAAAGAGCAAUACAAGGAGGAGCCUUUGAAAACACUGCGAUCUCACAAUCAGGUAUUCCAAUCCUCUCCCUGCUGGCGCGAAUGGGACAGAGAACCUCUCGUCGAGAUGCACAAAGGCUCUUUUCGGUUGCUUGCUCCAAAGUGACUACAAAAAAAGUCUUUGAUUUUAUGUACUUUUUUUUAAAUGAAACUUUUUACAAUACUUCUAGAACCUGAAUUGUACGAGACUGGAUGAAUCUGAGAAAAAUCAUUUUAGUUAAUUUUUGAAGUGCGACAGUAGAUCUGACUCCCUUCUAUGAUUAUUUAAAGGAAUGUUGUAAUGGAAUUGUUCUUCUCGAAACAAUGAUUUUAUCAAUGGACCUCAGAUGUUCUUUUCCUCCUAGUUUUCUAUGUAUGUCUGGUUUGUGGGUAUUAUGACUAUUUCUAGGUGCAAAAAAGAUCUGGCAAUAUUUUUGAACUAUUUAACACACUAAAUAAACGUCAGACAGCAACUUGAACUGAACGUAAGUGAACUGCAGUGAUGCAAAUGAUGAUUUAAUUUGUUUUUUAUUGCUUUGCCAAAUACGAUAUAGUUUCUUGUACAGUGAAUUUAUAGAAGCUGCCUUUAGCACAAAGAUGCAUUAUGGGUAGCUUGUUGAUGGUACUGUUUGUGGGGUAUAUUAUUGCCAAAAAUCUGUGAUAUAUGAAGAAGAAAAUGUAUACUCUAAGAACAUUAUUUAAGGGCUUGUAGUUGGACUGGUUUACUUUGAAGAAUACUGCUAAAACUAGCGUUACACUACCAGAUGUAAGCAUUAAUAUAAAACUUUGAAAGGCAGUAAUGAUUGAAUAAUAAAUUUUAAAUGUUGCUAUUGA